AUGACUUCCGCUACUAGGCUUUUUAAAACCACCGUAACCCUAAUCACCCCUCUCCAGCCGUCACCUCCAUCCUUAUGCCUCCCACCACCGGACGCCACCCUACCCUCUUGCUCCUCCGACCGCCGGGUUUCUUUAUUUCAUUCUUGUUACAUUGGUAUGCCUGAGUGUAAGCUUGGACUGAAUGAUAGAGUAGAUAAUAUUGGAGGCACAGGACGAACUACAAGGUCCACCAGAACAAUAUCAUUUGUGCCUCCCGAUGGAGCAUUUGACGUGAUGACAUAUCGACUUAGCACUCAGGUGAAGCCUUUGAUAUGGGUGGAAGCUCAAAUUGAAAGGCAUUCAAGAAGCCGAAUGGAAAUUAUGGUAAAAGCUAGGAGUCAAUUCAAGGAGCGUAAGUUCUUGUUGCAAAGUGUAGGAUCUUGA